AUGCCUGCAAGAGUCAUCGUCGUCGGUGCUGGCCUCUCUGGCCUGAGUGCCGCUCACACUAUUUAUCUAAACGGUGGAAAUGUCGUCCUGCUCGACAAGAACAACUUCAUGGGAGGAAACUCGACCAAGGCCACUUCCGGAAUCAACGGUGCCCUCACCCGUACACAGACCGACCUCGGUAUCCAAGACAGCGUCAAGCAAUUCUACGAGGACACUCUGAAGUCAGCCAGAGACAAGGCUCGUCCAGAUCUCAUCAAGGUCUUGACCUACAAGUCAGCUGGUGCUGUUGAGUGGCUCCAAGAUGUCUUCAACCUAGAUUUGACCUUGGUUUCACGUCUCGGAGGUCACUCAUUCCCUCGUACUCACCGUGGCCACGAUGCCAAGUUCCCUGGUAUGGCCAUCACAUAUGCCCUGAUGCAACGAUUCGAGGAGCUCGCCGAAACCGAGCCCGAACGCGUAUCACUCAUCAAGAAGGCCAAGGUCACCAAGAUCAACAAGGAUGGAAACAACGUUACUGGUGUCACAUACACCUUCGGCGGCGAGGAAGUCACAGUCGACGGUCCUGUCAUUCUCGCAACUGGAGGUUACGCCGCAGACUUCACAGAUGACUCGCUGCUGAAGAAGUGGAGACCUGAUACCUUUGGUUUGGCUACAACCAACGGUGCUCACGCUACUGGUGAUGGCCACAAGAUGCUCAUGCAGAUCGGAGCCAACGGCAUCGACAUGGACAAGGUCCAAGUUCACCCUACUGGUCUGGUCGACCCCAAGGACCCUGGCUCCAAGUGGAAGUUCUUGGCCGCUGAAGCUCUUCGUGGUGAAGGUGGUCUUCUCCUCAACAGCAAAGGUCAGCGUUUCUCGGACGAGCUUGGUCACCGUGAUUACGUUUCGGGUAAGAUGUGGGAAGAGAAGGAGGCAGGCACAUGGCCUAUCCGCCUUGUUCUCAACUCUAAAGCAUCCAACACUCUUGACUUCCACACUCGCCACUACUCUGGUCGUGGCUUGAUGAAGAAGAUGAGCGGCGAGGAACUCAUCAAGGAAAUCGGUUGCUCAAGAAAGGACCUUGAGAAGACCUUCACCGACUACAAUGAGAUCGCAGAUGGCAAGCAGAAGGAUCCUUGGGGCAAGAAGUACUUCCACAACAUGCCUUUCAAGGUAGACGACACCUUCCACGUUGCCGUUAUGGAGCCCGUUCUCCACUUCACCAUGGGCGGUAUCGAAAUCAACGAUCAAGCACAAUGCCUGAACUCGGAAGGCAAGCCUUUCGACGGUCUCUUCGUCUGUGGUGAGCUCGCUGGUGGUGUACACGGCUCAAACCGUCUUGGUGGUUCAUCCCUGCUUGGAUGUGUCGUCUACGGUCGUGUUGCCGGUGACUCAGCAAGCAAGUACUUAUUCCAACAGGUGCUGAACGGCGGCGGCUCUGCAGCAGCCCAACGUCUGGGACAAAUCAGUCUGCACAUCGACCCCAACCAACCCGGCAAGAUCUCCGUAGAAUGGGCAAACGGUGUGGGUGCUUCCUCAGGCGCCGAAGAGGCCAUCCAGAGACAAUCACAACAAUCUGCCGGUCCAGUCAUGACACCAGAAGGCAAGACCGCCGACUCGUCUGACCCAGCCAAGGUCUCAAAGCCCAACGACAUUAAAGAGUUCAAGGUUCCCGAGCAAGAAUACACCCUCGAGGAGGUCGCCAAGCACAACAAGAAGGAAGAUCUCUGGAUCGCCGUCAAGGGCGUCGUCAUGAACGUGACGGACUGGGUAGAAGAGCAUCCCGGUGGCCCUCAAGCUCUCUUCAGUCACAUGGGCAGAGACGCCAGUGAAGAAUUCGAGAUGCUGCACGACGACGAGGUCAUCCCCAAGUACGCCGCUGGCAUUGUGAUUGGCCGAGUAAAGGGCCAGGAAAUCACCCUCGAGUACUGA